CACUUUCCAUCCCACGCCUCUCAAAACCACAACUUGGACCACCCUCGUCCUCUGAAAAAAAAAAAACACACCUUCACUCCCCCCCCACACACAAACUGUAAACAUGUCUUCCCACCCAGACCUCACCACGUUCCGAGCCCUCUCCUUCGACUGCUACGGCACGCUGAUAGACUGGGAAUCCGGACUGGCCUCCGACCUCUCCCCGCUCAUCAGCCUCCUCCCACCAUCCCACCCGUGGCACGCCAACCCCCUGCUCGCCGUGCAGCGCUUCAACGACCACUCGGAGCACCUGUGGCUGACGCAGCCGAAGCUCGCCUACGACGCCAACCUGCGCGAAUCCUUCCGGCUGCUGGCGCAGGAACAACAAGGCGUCAUCGCCGCCGCCGACCUAAACUUGAAGAGUGGCGUGCUGCAGCAACUGGACGGCAGCGUAGGCGACGGGCCCGGCCGAUGGCCCGCGUUCGCCGACACGGUGGACGGCUUGCGCCGGCUGGGGCGGCACUACCGGCUCGUCAUCCUGAGCAACGUCAACGAGGCCAACAUCACGCGCGCCGUGGCCGGCCCGCUGGCGGGUGCCCGGUUCGACGCCGUGUACACGGCCGAGGCGAUCGGGAGCUACAAGCCGAGCCACGAGAAUUUCCGGUAUCUGUUUGCGGGCGUCAAGCGGGAGUUCGGCGUCGACCAUGAGAAAGGGGAGUUGCUGCAUGUUGCGAGGAGCUUGACGGCGGACCAUGUCCCCGCGAAGGAGAUCGGGUUGAGGAGUGUGUGGAUUGCGAGGGGAGGGGAUAAGCCUGAGGGUUAUGGCACGGGAGGUGAUUAUGAGAAGUUGAAGGCAGAGGGGAAGCUGGCGUUUGAGUGGAAGUUCCAAACGAUUGGGGAGUUUGCGGAUGAGGUGGAGAGGCAGUUCGCUGCGAAGAAGGAGAGCCGCAAGGGCGAGUGAACCGCUGCGGCCGCAAUUUUCUUUUCUCCGUAAAUGGCGAGGUAUGAACUGUAUGUAUGUACUUGUACCUUGGCUGAGUUUGACAGCAAGGGCUUCGCGCCAGAG